AUGACUUUGGCGGUCAAGCGCAAGGGAGCAGCGAGUGAAGUAGAAAGAGAUCAGCCAGCGCCCACGGUGAAACGACGAUGCACUCGUAAAACUUGCAAUAGAAACGGCGAUGCACCAAAGCCAUCUUCGAGUACAAGUAUUCCUAGCUCAUUUGUUGGAUGCAACGUUGCGGAGAGCAUAGAGGAAGAAGAAUCACAAACCAGUGCCAUCACAUCGACCGUGAAGCCCGAGGACGGCACCGUUAUACAUCAGGAAGAGGAGUCUAGAAGCCGCAUCACAGGCACAAAGGUAGAACAGCCUGCUAGUCAGCAACGCAUCAAGAGAGAAGGCUCCGAUGCCCAGGACUUGGUCGAGUACCCCGUCGAGCAGCACUCGCGCCGCAGCGCCGCUCCUUCCCCGUUCGCCUCUGCGCACGGCGCCGCCCAGGGCCGGUUCAUUGGCCCCGAAGAACUGCCGUCGGUGGUGCAUGGCGUUUUGAAGUACAGCCCCUGCAACCCGGGCUGCUGCCAUUGCGGCUGGUACAACUUCUACGCCGUCUGCGGGCACCAGUUCAAGAACGAACCCUACAAGUGCGGCGUCCGACAGGGGCGGUCCGGUGCUACCGUGUUUUGCGGCUCCCCGGUGCCCCGGUACCUCGUCCGCGACUACAUUGUCAACAAGCCCUGCGUGGACUGCCUCGAUAACCCGUUCUGA